GGUCGGCAAGUUCGUUUCCCCGAGCGUUUCCAGGCGGGGAUGUAAUAUAUCGUUAAUCACUAGCAAGGGGGUACUGUGGGGAUUACAGAUUCCUGCGUUACCAUCAUGGUGGCGCGGCCAACCAGGUUAACGCUUCCCCCAACAGAGGGCGCAACAAUCUAUUUAAGCCUCGAAGUACACAUCUUAAACGGAGUUAAGCCAAAGAUUCCCAGUUAAAUAUGAACCUACUUCAUGUAGCACAAGUCGACACGCUGUCCCAAAAAAAGCAGAGCAGUAAAUUUUGAAGCCGAAAAGAUGUCUUUAGACCAUCUAUAUGAAUUCAACUUCGAAAAGUUGUACAACGAUUGUACAGAAAGGGGUAUAACAUUCGAAGAGGAUUGCAGCGUAUGUUUGAGCAGAUUAACAGGAGAAUUGUACCUUACGGACUGCAGACAUUCAUUCCACAAGGAGUGUAUCGACAGGUGGUGCUCCAGUUCCGAAUGUUGUCCCAUGUGCAGGACAAAUUUAGUUUUCGAAGAAACCUGCAGUAUCUUCGAUACAAAUUGGAAACCUGUCAAUAUCCAUCGGUUCGAUAAGAUGGACAGUGAUGAAGAAGAUGAUGAGAGUGGAGAAGAUGAUGAGAGUGAAACUGAAGAAGAAAAAGAAGAGAAUGAAGGAGAAAACGAAUGCCAAACCGAGUGCCAAACCAACGAGGAAAAUUAAUUUUACAUCUCUGUUCGACACAACCUGUAACAUUUUUGAGAGAAAUAAAUCA